ACAAAUAAUUAUAUACCACCAAAAAUUUGGCGUUUUUUACCAGCUGGAGAUGAACUUGUUGAUGUAAUGGGUAGUCGUGAUCUUGACUCCCCGUUGACACAACGUGAGGUAGAUGCUGUGAAUGAAUGGUUAUCAACAGAUAAGGCAUGGCAUAUAAUGCGUGAUAGUGAAUAUCAUUAUCAUGAAAUGCUUGGUGGUCUGUGGGGUUUUCGCCCUGCAUUAGAUCGAACAUUUUCGAGACAAUUACUACGAAAAAUGGUCAAUCGUACCCUAAUUACUAUGUAUCAUACAAACGGUGAUCAAGAUUUUUUAAAAGAACAUGUAUGGCCUUAUAUUCAAGAUAAUUUUAUUGCGCAUGACAGUUAUAAAUGUAAUACAUCGUAUGGAAAAAACUCUCAACCAUGGCCAUCACGACGACCAGUAGUGAAUAGUACGUUUAAUAAUUGUUUCGUUGGAUGUGUUCGUAAGUGUUGUGAACCGUAUGCUUUCACACUUAAAGAAUGUCCAUUGGAAUGUCGGCCAAAAAAUCAUCCAGAUUGGUUAUGGUGUUAG